AUGGGAACCACUUCAGGACCACAGUUCCUAUCAGAGGAUGGAUUACCGUACGGUAUGCCAAGUGGAGCAAGCCUCGCGCUGCACCCUAGCACUCCCUUUGGUAAUCCUCCUGCGCUUCAGACCACGGUCGAAGCAGAGCUUCUGGCUCAGAUGACCUCCCUCCGAAAGGAGAUGGCUAAACUCCAAGAACGAAACGCAAAACGUUCGGACCACCGAAACUUCCCAGAGUCAGUAGACCCCCGGUCGGCAGAGGAAGGGAAAACAGAGGGCAAAGGCAACGCCUGCGCCUUCCAAACAGCUGGUGGUCCCCGCACCCCAGGACCAACCGCACGUACCGAAGAAGGUAUACACCGAUUGUCGUCAUCGGAUCAACGACAAGAAGGAUGCCGAAUGGCAUAG